CGAAAAGUUCUCUCUCGGAGUGGUGCAAAACAGCAGUGAUUAAAAAGUUAUAAAAUUUUGCCUCUUUUUCCAGGAACAAGUGUGCAGUGUCAAGUGCCGCAAGUUAAUUAAUUCCUCCUUUUGGAAACCGAACCCCAGGAGCAGCAGAGAAAAAAAAGGAAACACACAAAGAUGAAAGUGCUGGUAAUCCUCGCCGUCUCCACCGUCUGCGCGGUCAGCGCCGCCACCUCGGACCUUUCGUCCCCCCUGGUGGACUCUGCAGCCCGCAAACCCGAAAAGCGUGGCAUCGGCCUAGGGUACGGCCUUUCCGGGCUCGGCUACGACGCCCAUCAGCUGGGCUACUCGGUCGCUGGCUACCAUCCUGCUGCUGCGGCAGGUUACGUCGCCCCGGUGGCCCACACGACGGUCAUCAAGUCCGGCUAUGCCGUUCCGGCCGCCACCACCGGAUAUCUGGGUGGUUACGACGGGCUCGGCAAGUACACCGGUUACAACGGUGGAUUCUACCCGACCGGUUACACCACGGGAUAUAACGGAUACAGCGGCUAUGGUGGUUACGGAGGAUACGGUGCCAUCCCGGUCGUUGCCGGAACCGGUUACGGAAAGAUUGUGCAGCCGGCGGCCGCCGCCGCCACCACUUCGUACAGCAAGGUGAUCCACUCGUACCCGCAUUACAGCUCCGCUGUAGGCGUUGCACCAGCCAUCGGAUAUUCCGGACUUACCGCCGGAUACCACUACGGGUAUUAAGCUGUUUGGAGAGCUUCCCGUAACGUGCCAGCUGCACACCUCAACUGCCAACAUGCAACCCAGUUUCUCGUCACACCUUUGUACUUUUGAUGUAGGUUUCUCAAAGCUUAUUUAUGAACUUGAUUGAAUUGUGUACAUAACCUCUCUCAUCCAAUCGUGAUGACCUGUAAUAAAUUAACU